AUGUUCAACCUGCAUGAAAAGCACAGUACGUUAAAUAAUGUGAUUACUAUCUCCACUACAGCCAUUGCUCAUUUCAUUCUCCUACAACCUUAUUCUCACGGAUCUGUUCAUAUCUAUCUAUCUAUCUAUCUAUCUAUCUUAGUCUGUUCAUAUCUAUCUAUCUAUCUAUCUAUCUAUCUUAGUCUGUUCAUAUCUAUCUAUCUAUCUAUCUAUCUAUCUAUCUUAGUCUGUUCAUAUCUAUCUAUCUAUCUAUCUAUCUAUCUUAGUCUGUUCAUAUCUAUCUAUCUAUCUAUCUUAGUCUAUUCAUAUCUAUCUAUCUAUCUAUCUAUCUUAUCUAUUCAUAUCUAUCUAUCUAUCUAUCUAUCUAUCUAUCUUAGUCUGUUCAUAUCUAUCUUAGUCUGUUCAUAUCUAUCUAUCUAUCUUAGUCUGUUCAUAUCUAUCUUAGUCUGUUCAUAUCUAUCUAUCUAUCUAUCUAUCUAUCUAUCUAUCUAUCUUAGUCUGUUCAUAUCUAUCUUAGUCUGUUCAUAUCUAUCUAUCUAUCUUAGUCUGUUCAUAUCUAUCUUAGUCUGUUCAUAUCUAUCUAUCUAUCUAUCUAUCUAUCUAUCUAUCUAUCUAUCUAUCUAUCUAUGUCAACAUACAAAAUUAUUUUUUUUUAAAUACGGAGGUCCUUUAUCGAUUUGCAUUUUGUUGCGGUUUGGGCUCAUUUCCUCUUUCUUUCUUUCUUUCUUCACAUCAUUUCUUCCUUCCUUUCUUCCUUCCUUCCUUCCUUCCUCUUUUCUUUCUUUCCUUCUUUCUUUCUUUACACCAUUCCUUCCUUCCUUCCUCUUUUCUUUCUUUCUUUCCUUCUUUCUUUCUUUCUUUUAA